AAAUAUCGGACAGUAAAUGUCCAGUUUUUGUUUCACGUACGUAGGAACUGUUGGAGUAUAAAAGGGGACUAGAAACUGACAAAGCUUAUCCAGUCGCUUCAAUUCGAUUCAUAUGAAAAUAUCGUUUGAAACAUGAAAAUUUUCGUCAUAAUAGCUCUCUGUGUUGGUGUGGCCAUUGCUGGCAGCAUCCAUGGAGGUGGAGGUAGAGGUGGUUAUUCAGGAGGCUAUUCUUCUGGGGGUGGGGGAGGUUAUUCCUCUGGGGGUGGAGGCUAUUCCCGAGGGGGAGGAGGAGGAGGGGGAGGAGGAAGUGCCGCCCGUCGACCCCACCGAACUUACGUUUACAAUGUGGGAGGAGGAUCAUCUGAUGCUGGUUUGAGAUUUUUACCGUAUAGCGCCGGUGAAGGGCUUCGCACAGGACCUGUUGGCGGAGGUGGUGAUGGUGGUUCGACAAUUAUCAUCCGUUCCGGAGGAGGUGGUGGUGGUGGUGGAGGCGGUGGGGGCGGUUAUUCAGGAGGUGGCUACAGCGGUGGUGGACAUUCAGAGGGUGGUUCCGGCAUUGGUUUUGGCUAUUCUGGUGGUUCGUCGGGUGGAGGCAGUGGCUGGUAAAUAUUUCAAUCAGCACGUGUCGGAUACUAAAAUUUGUAUUGGUUUUUGCUAAGUUCGAUAAUAAGUAUGUUCAAUUUAAUUGACAAUGUAAAAUUGAAAUUCAGAAAUUAUGAUGUAAAUUGAAUAAAUAUUCUAUUCGACAAUUAAUA